AACAGCAUAUCUGAGCUAUAUAAGAAAUUUGAAAAUGUGAUAAAUUAAUAAUAACAGUGAGAAAUUCUCCAUGCAGCUAAGAUUAAAAAUUCAUAAUGUAGCCUUUACAUUAGUCAAUAUGAAAAAAAAAAAAAUCAAUACCUUACAGUUUACGAAACCAAUUUUUUAUACAUAGUCCAGAUUCAAACAAUUCCAAUUUCUGAAGAGAAGUAACAGAUUGAGAACGGCCCAGGGAACAGCUGCUUCUUUUCAUAGAGGACCAAUGGAGAAAAGGGUGGCAAUCAUUGGUGCAGGAUCAAGUGGACUUCUUUCAUGCAAAUACACUCUUGAAAAGGGUUUUCUUCCUGUAAUAUUUGAAGCUGAAGAAAGAAUUGGUGGAGUUUGGACGCGUACUAUAGCAUCAACCAAACUCCAAAAUUCUAAAGAAACUUACCAAUUUUCUGAUUUCCCCUGGUCUGCGUCCGUAAAUGAAAAGCAUCCUAGUCAUAGUCAAGUACUUGAGUAUCUUGAAUCAUAUGCUCAACAUUUUGGUAUCUUUCCAUACAUAAAAUUCAGCUCCAAGGUCAUUGGUAUAGAUUAUGUUGGAGACUGUUUGGAAGAGGUGGAGUCUUGGGUUCUCUGGAGUGGAAAUGGUAAUCCUUUUGGAACUAAAGGGAAGUGGCACAUCAGAGUUCUUGAUGUCAAAGAUAGCACUACAAAGGUUUACCAGUUUGAUUUUGUUAUUCUCUGCCUUGGACUGUAUAAUGGGUUUCCGAACAUCCCAGACUUCCCUCCAAAUCAAGGCCCUGAAGUGUUCAAUGGUAAAGUAAUGCAUUCAAUGGAAUAUUCUGCAAUGGACAAUUGGAGUGCUCAAGAAUUCAUCAAAAGAAAGAGAGUCACAAUCAUUGGCUCGCAGAAAUCUGCACUUGAUAUCGCAGCAGAAUGCGCAAAUGCAAACGGAGUUGAGUAUCCUUGUACAAUAAUUCAAAGAACUGCUCACUGGUUUAUCCAGAGCGAGACUAUUUGUGGUAUUAAUCUUGGUUUCUUGUACUUGAAUCGUUUUUCGGAGUUCAUGAUUCAUAAGCCUAGAGAAACAUACCUGCUCAGCCUCUUAACAACUCUGCUCUCUCCGUUGAGAUGGGGAAUUUCAAAGUUCAUUGAGUGCUAUCUCAGCUGGAAACUACCAUUAAAGAAGUAUGGAAUGGUUCCCAGUUUCAGCUUCUUUCAAGAUAUCUCUUCAUGUCAGUCAUGCAAACUGCCUGAGAAGUUCUAUGACAGAGUUGAAGAAGGAAGAAUCAUCAUAAGAAAAUCACAUUGUUUUAGCUUCUGUAACCGAGGUCUGAUCAUUGAUGGAGAAUCCCAGCCACUAGAGACAGACCUUGUUAUUUUUGCCACUGGAUUCAAGGGAGAAGAAAAACUAAGAAGCAUUCUCGAAUCUCCAUUCUUUCAGAAAUGCAUGACAGGGUCUUCAACUUCCAGAAUUCCUCUUUACAGGCAAGUAAUUCAUCCACGAAUUCCACAGCUGGCUAUAUUAGGAUAUGCAGAAAGUCUCUCAAAUUUGUGUGCCACUGAAAUCAGAUGUCAAUGGCUGGCACAAUUUCUCGACAGAAAAUUUGAACUGCCUAGCAUAAGUGAGAUGGAAAAGCAAGUUUCAACAUGGGAAAAUUUUAUGAAACAGCAUACUGGCAAUUCAAGAAGAGCCUGUAUUAGUACUGUGAAUAUAUGGAACAAUGAUCAAAUAUGCAAGGACAUGGGAUGUGAACCCAGAAGAAAAGAAGGGUUUUUUGCAGACUUGUUUGUACCAUAUGGACCAACAGAUUAUGCAGGCCUUUCAGCUAAGUGAGGGAUGUUUAUCUAUAUGUGUAACUUAUGAGACUGCAAAAGAAUUUGGUGCAGUUGAGAGUUUAAGCACAAAAAUAAAUGAACAAUAUAACAAAUAACAUAAUUGUGAUUUAGUUGUU